AUUCUAAGAAUCAGUUACUGUAUAUACCACCAACAGGAGGCGUUGUAGUCAUUCUGUACAAAAUAACCCACAGACAGCAGAAAUAAUAAUAAAAUAAUGAUAAUAAAUCAUGCCCUGUGUGUCAUUAUACGAAACGUAUUACUCGUUGCUUUAGAUUUCUUUAGUAUUUACCAUAAAGUAGGCUAUUUAGUUAUAUUAUUUGUUUUUUCUAGAUGAGCGCAUAAUAACUUGCAAAUGUAAAAAUAAUAAAUUGCAUCACUGUAAACGAAUGCCGUGUCUCCUAUCGUGAAAUGCAGAUGCUGUUUCGCCUUCUUGUUUUUACUUACAGACACUUUAACCAAGGUUACAGUUUCCAAUUAAAGCCCAGUUUUCCAUUUAUGUAACUAAGCAUCCUGUCUCUCACGGGUUUGGAAACGCACCUUAUUAGGGUAAUAUAUCAUAAACUCGUUUAUUGUGGCAGCAGGAGAGUAGCAGAUCCACAGUGUAAUCGUGCACUUCACGUCCUGAUAGAUGAAUCGCGCAGGGUGGAACUGGAAUUAAAGUCAUUCUUCUGCCUUGCUGCUCGGGAAAGACGGUUCUAAUCCGCCUGACCACAGCAGCUGCGUCAUUAUGAAACUAAAGCAGAAAUUAAACUAGCAAAACAGAAAUAUAUAUAUAUAAGUAUGCAGUAAAUGUGCAGUGCUUUUUCCGGCGUUGUUUACGAUUUUCACCCUGUGUAUCUUACGUACGGGAAAUACGGCUCUGCCGUAUUUGACAAGUACUGAGCCGCCUAUAUAAGCAUAAAAUAACCAAAAGCCUUCAAGUGACGGUGCAAGAUAGUUAACUCGUUUCAGCCUGUUACAGAAAAUGCGUAUUCUAUCUUGCUUUCCUUAUACUCACGUUAUCCCCCACCCCCUAGAGCCACUAUGCUUCGGCAGAAAGAAACCGAAAACGAAUUCAAGCUCAAGGCUGUGGCAAAUUUUGAGUUCCAACAACAAAAGGUGCAGCAGAUUUCCACUUCAAGCAACGUUGUUUGCUGUGUCUGACACGUCCGCUUGCUGUAGCCUCGGCAAAAUGAGUGCAACCAUAGAAACGUAACGUGUAUUCCAUAGUAACCCGAAAGCACAUUAUUUAUAUUCUGUGGAGCUUUUGCAUGCCCUGACUUUGACUGCCUAAUCGCAGUCAUUUCGUUACAUUUUAAACACAAUUUCACAAGCCUGGCGUCGUCACUAACACGGCGUAUGGGAGCAGCAGUAAACACGGUACCUCAAUCAAAAAUGAAUGAAAGGACCUUGGGUGGAAUAAACACAACGUGGUCUCCCUCCACGUCUCAUACAUCAAAAUGUCAAUCUUGCUAAAAAUCAAGUUUCGUCCAUGUUUGAUUGCUCUUGUAUCCACGCACAGGGACAAGGUACCUUCAGCGUCUAUUAUCAACAGGAUGUUGCAAAGCCCAGAAGAUUUCAAUGAUCAAUGCAGUGAAAGCCCCUUCGCAAAACUAUAGAGGCAGAUUUAGGACUGGUUGUAAACUGAAAAGAGUCUGUGGCAGAAAGCUCAAUCAAGUUAAAGAGGCUGGAAGUCGUUAAAAUAACUGGAUUAGUAGCAAACGGAAUCUGGUGUUUUAUUUUUAAUUUUUUGUGCGAAAAUGAAGGAAAAGGAACUAAUUAAAACGGCAAAAAUGCAAGGAAACGUCAUGGAGCUUGUGGGGAGUAACCCACCGCAGAGGAACUGGAAAGGAAUUGCAAUUGCUCUGCUUGUUAUUCUGGUCAUCUGCUCGCUGAUUGUCACCUCUGUCAUUCUUCUGACACCAGGUGAAGAUGACAGCCUAGCUUCAAAGGAAAGGGUGACUGUAGAAGAUCUCUUUAGCAAGGAUUUCCAAAUCCAUGACCCAGAAGCCAAGUGGAUCAGUGAUCAGGAGGUGCUGUAUCGCACGCGUGAUGGUGACGUAAAAAAGAUUAACGUGGAGACAAAAGAAAAUGCCACAUUAAUAUCGAACAAACAAUUUGAGAUGUAUAAAGCCAGCAAGUAUGAAGUGUCACCAGAUAUGAAAUAUGCUUUGCUUGCAUACAAUGUCGUACCUGUUUACCAGCACUCCUUUACAGCAUACUAUAUUAUAUGUGAGAUCCAUUAUGGGAAAACUAAGAAUUUGAACCCUCCUGAAGUUCAGAACGUUCAGCUCCAGUAUGCAGGGUGGGGCCCUCAUGGGCAUCAGUUGGUCUUCAUUUUUGAAAACAACAUCUAUUAUCAGGCAACGAUGGAGAGUCGUGCGAUACGUCUGGUCUCUUCUGGAAAAGAAGGAGUUAUUUUUAAUGGCCUCAGUGACUGGCUGUAUGAAGAGGAGAUAUUCCAAACCCAUAUCGCUCACUGGUGGUCUCCAGAUGGUGCGAGGUUAGCGUAUGCAACAAUCGAUGACACACUAGUACCGAAAAUGGAGAUACCUAUUUAUACAGGCUCUGUGUACCCUACUGGGAAGGAGUACCACUAUCCAAAGGCUGGUAAGGAAAAUCCAGUGAUUUACUUGUAUGUGGUUAACCUAAAUGGCCCUCUGCACACCAUAGAGAUGAAACGCCCCGAGGAUCAAAGAAUCAGGGAAUAUUACAUAACAAUGGUGAAGUGGGCAACGAGUACGAAACUGGCUGUAAAUUGGCUCAACAGAGCUCAGAACAUCUCUAUCAUGACUCUGUGUGAAGCUACCACUGGUGUCUGCACUAAGAAACACGAAGAUGAAAGUGAAGGCUGGUUGCAUAGACAGAAUGAACCACCUUUAUUUUCCAAAGAUGGGCACAAGUUCUUCUUCACCAGAGCAAUUCCACAGGGAGCAAGAGGGAAGUUCUUUCACAUCGCCAUGUCGUAUUCUCAGCCUAAUGCAAGUACUGACACUCUGCAGUCUAUAACUUCCGGGGACUGGGAUGUGACAGAGGUUUUAGCUUAUAAUGAAGAAACUCAGAUAAUAUACUUUCUAAGCAGAGAAGAUGAUCCUAAAAGACAGCACCUCUACAGUGCCAAUACUACAGGCCCAUUCAACAGACGCUGCCUCUCAUGUGACCUUAUUGAAGGAUGUGGUUAUGUCAGUGCGCUCUUCAGCCACAACACCCAGUAUUUCCUAUUAAACUGUAAAGGUCCUGGAGUGCCGUCUGUGACUAUGCACAGCACUAUGGAUAGGCAAAAUAUAUUGGAUUUGGAGACCAACGAGGAUCUAAAGAAGAUGAUAGAUUUCAGACAGAUGCCAAAAGUGGAAUACAAAGAUAUAACUAUAGACGAUUACACAUUGACAAUGCAGAUCAUGAAACCUGCGGGCUUUCUGGAAACAUCACAUUACCCCCUUCUUCUGCUAGUUGAUGGAACCCCAGGUGCCCAGACAGUGUCAGAGAGGUAUCAGGUGGACUGGGCCACUGUUCUGGUCAGCAGUUUCAGUACCAUUGUCAUACGGUUUGACGGACGUGGCAGUGGAUUCCAAGGCACAAAACUGCUUCACAAAGUUAAGAAGAAACUGGGAGUUUAUGAGCAGACAGAUCAACUGGAAGCUCUGAGAAUAUUAUCAAAAGAACCUUAUGUUGAUAAAACCCGUAUUGGUGCUUUUGGAAAGGUAUACGGAGGUUAUUUGACCAGCCGUCUUCUGAGCACUGAUGAAUCUUUAAAAUGUGGAGCAGUUCUUUCCCCCAUUACUGACUUCAGACUAUAUGCCUCUGCAUUUUCAGAAAGAUAUCUGGGAAUGCCUGAGCGUGAAUCUAUGGCAUAUGAGAUGGCAAAAUUAGGACCGCGUGCAACACAAUUAACAAACAAGAAGUUUCUGAUUAUUCAUCCAACAGCUGAUGAAAAAGUCCAUUUCCAGCAUACAGCAGAGUUCAUUACUCAGCUCCUCAAUGUAAAGGCAAAUUACACACUUCAGAUCUAUCCAGAUGAAGGACAUUACAUUCAUAGCAAUGGGAUAAAGCAGCACCUGUACCAAUCGAUUGUGAACUUUUUUGAAGAGUGUUUCAGACUUCCUGAUAAAAUUUUCGAAGAAACAAUUGAGGAUGACAAUGAAGAAGAAGGUUAACCUAAUUUGCGGGCCGAGCACAAGCCAGCUUAUUGAAUACAAUAUGCAACUGUUUUUUUUAACAUCAUUUUCUUCUUGAACAAAGUUCUGUAAGCAUGUAUCUAAGACUGCAAAUCUGCAGCCAGCCCUUUGCUUCACCUGUCCCAACCUUCUUUUAUCCCAACAGGGAGAAUACUCGAGCAUGGCGUUACGAAACCAUUGACUUUUGUUUGAAAUAGGCAUAUAAAUAUAUGCAUACGUGGCAUCACAUUUCUGUCUUCGGUAAAGUAAGCGCUUCAGGAGGACUGUACCUGCAGGAGGAAGAUGGCUCCAAAAGGCAGUUGUUGGUUCUGGCCACAGAAGCCAUCUUCAGAUGCGAAGAACUGUCGAUAUUGGCUUAGGAGAGACAACAUAGGAAAGGAGAUUUUAUAGCACAAAAUUUUCAGUCUCAUGUCUGGACUUUCUCCAGUGAAAUAGUAGAUGAAAAAUACAUUGCUUUGUGUGGUGGGGGCUUCUUUAUGUAAUCAAAGGUACUGUUUUUGAAUCAUGAAGACCUUUACACCUCAUAGUGCUUGUGUCCACUGUUUUCAUGUAAAGUAGCACACCAGACCAACCAGUGUUGAUGAAUCAUCGGGGUAUUGAAACAAUGUUUUUCCAGUGUUCAUGUUUGUCCUAAUCUUGAAAUCCUUGUAGCCUCAACUAGGUAUUACAGUUUAGUAGCUUUGAAUUGAGUUAUGGUUCAAAUGGUCCAAGAUCCAUGUCUGACUAAAAAUUAGACUCCUAACAAAGCAAGGAAUACAUAACCUGUUAUUUUCAGAAUGGUUUCUAAUCACAUACUGUACAUUGGUCAUUUUUCAAAGCUGAAUUGUUGUAAUUUUAUUGUCUUUAUGCUUACAAUGUCUUACAGUGCUAUUAAAAUAGAAGCCUAGAAACUAGUUUUAGGCACUGUGCCUUAAUUUGGGAGCAAAAAGGUCCUACCCAGGAUAGUACCUGACAAACCGGUUCCUGUCAAUUGGAAAUCCUGCAAAAAAGUUCUCAGAAUCUUCAAAGCUAGCCAUAACCACAAAGUUGUUUUUUCAAUGUUACCUCGGAAGUACAGUAUAUACAGUGUCUAGACAUGCCACAUUUGUGUGCAUGCAGUGCCAUUUAUUAGCACUGUACUAACAUUUCAAAAUAUGUAUCAUCACUGUUGUAUAUUACAAAAUGUCAGUUUUCAAAAAAUGUAUUAGGCCAUACUGUUUGCCAUAAAAAUAGGAAUUAAUAAAAAUCCUUUUAGCUGUUGUCAGUAACUUUCACUACUUGAGAGUUCUUAAGGCACAAGUCUUGUUAAGGUGUUUUUUCUUUGUGAAAUUGUGUUGCGUUUGAAGUGCAUGUUGGCAACCAUUUGCAACUUAAAGCUAUUUUUUUUUAAAUAGUUCAAUUUAAAUGUAGAAUUAUACCAUAUUAUUUUUGACGGCUUGAAUGUUACUUGCAAACUUGCAUUUCAUUUAAUAUUGUGAGUAAACUCUCCGUCUUGUCAGUUGGUGUACAGAUGUUAUUCUAUGUCAUUUUAGUCUCUUAAUAUAUUAGUGUUAAUUGUACAUAAAGCAUUUUGAAAGAUCUAUUUAAUAAUGUUUUUUUUCAUUUUGUUUGAUGUUUCUUUUUUGAGAAACUUCUGGUAAUGUAGGCCUACUCUUAAAAUGGCAGUGGGAUGCACAUUUCCACUCUAUUGCUUAACAGGGAGAUGUGUUUCUAUGAUAAUAUUGAUGGCUUGAAACAUCUCAAAUUAGCGGGAAGAACUGAAAGAUUUUGUGCUGAUACACUACAGUUUGUCUACUAAAUUUGUAGAAGAAAAAUGAGGAUGUGGCAUGAAGGUUUAUGUUUUCAGAAUAAAACUUAUUUUAACAUCAUUAAA